ACCCUUUCAGUCAUUGCUAGGUUUUUCCAAUCGCGUGAAAGGUAUACACGAUUGUUUGCAUAAAAGAGAAAUUAAAUCGUAUACGUAUGUAAACGUAAGAACUGAAAGACGAACAAGAACAAGCAGAGGUAUGAUGACUACAACUUCAGGGAGAAAAGCUAAUCGCUUGCUAAAGGAAAGAUCACCUUAUCUUCUUCAACAUGCAUAUAAUCCUGUUGAAUGGUAUCCGUGGGGUGAUGAAGCUUUUGAAAAAUCGAAGAUGGACGAAAAACCAAUCUUUUUGUCAGGCCAUGGGAGGUAUAAUACAGGAAGCACAGCAAAUAAAUGCAUUGAAAGAUCGAAAGCUCUUUGUGGAGAAACAUGGAACAGGUUCAAUAAGACCUGUUGAUAUGCCUUGAAAAAUGACCAACAUGAUUUUUGCAUGUUGAAUGACAUCUUAGUGAGAAAAACAAGUUGUGGAUGACACAUUUUAUUACGCACAUUAUAAAUUAAAUAAAAAUUAUUUUGAUAGAUUGAAUGGCGCUCCCUAUAAUAUUCAUGAUGAUAAAUGACAAUAUUUUUGAAUGAAUUUGAAUAAAAGUUUUGAAUGUGUACAUGCUGGCUAACCGGCAAAACCUCGAAUAAAAAGAUCAUCUAUAAAAAUAUAACAUCAAGUAUUCAACCUUCACGAAGUCUCCAUGUUCUUUUUUUUGCAAAGACAAUCCGAAAUUUUGAAAUAUUCGACGAACAACCUUGUUUUGAUACCCUUUCAGUCAUUGCUAGGUUUUUCCAAUCGCGUGAAAGGUAUACACGAUUGUUUGCAUAAAAGAAAAAUUAAAUCGUAUACAUAUGUAAACGUAAGAACUGGAAGACGAACAAGAACAAGAAGAGGUAUGAUGACUACAACUUCAGGGAAAAAAGCCAAUCGUUUGCUAAAGGAAAGAUCACCUUAUCUUCUUCAACAUGCAUAUAAUCCUGUUGAAUGGUAUCCAUGGGGUGAUGAAGCUUUUGAAAAAUCAAAGAUGGAUGAAAAACCAAUCUUUUUGUCAGUUGGAUACUCAACUUGCCACUGGUGUCAUGUUAUGGAAAGAGAAUCAUUUGAAAACGACAAAAUUGCCGCCAUUCUUAAUGAGUAUUUUGUUCCAAUCAAGGUUGAUCGUGAAGAGAGACCAGAUGUUGAUAGAGUGUAUAUGAACUUUGUUCAGGCAACCACAGGGCAUGGUGGUUGGCCAAUGAGUGUUUGGUUGAUGCCAGAUCUUCAACCAUUUCUUGGUGGGACGUACUUUCCUCCUGAAGAUAGCAACGGGAGACAUGGCUUUAAAAGUAUUUUAACCCUUAUCAUUCAACAGUGGAAAGAGAACAAAAAUCGUCUUGGUAAGCAAGGUAGCUUGGUGAUGACAGCAAUUAAACGUCAACUUGAUGUCAUAAUGAAUUCCAAUCAGAAAUCUCCUGAAGUCAAAUGCAUCGAUGAUUUAUUUACGAAGCUCACAAACUGUUAUAAUGAAAAGCAAGGUGGUUUUGGUGGAGCUCCACGAUUUCCUCAACCCAGUAAUUUGAGUUUUUUGUUGAAUUACUACGCAUGGAAACCUGACACGAAGAACGGAAAGAAAGCGUUGGAAAUGACACUGAGAAUAUUAGAUGCUAUGGAUGAUGGAGGAAUACAUGAUCAUGUUGGUCAGGGCUUCCAUCGUUAUUCUACAGAUGGGGAUUGGCAUGUGCCUCAUUUUGAGAAAAUGUUAUAUGAUCAAAGUCAAAUUGCUGAUAUUUACCUGAAUGCAUAUCAGAUAAGUCAGGAUGAGAAGUAUUCAAGUACUGCCAAAGAUAUAUUACUUUAUGUAAUGAGGGAUUUGAGUGACAAGCACGGUGGAUUUUAUGCUGCAGAAGAUGCGGAUUCACUGCCAUCAUUUGAAUCUAAAGAAAAAAAAGAGGGAGCAUUUUGUGUAUGGGAGGAAGAGGAAAUACGAACGAAACUUUCUGAAACUGCGAACGAUGAUGUUAAAACAACAUUAGCAGAUCUCUUUAUUUUCUAUUAUGGUGUUGAAAAAAAUGGAAAUGUUAAAUCAUCGCAGGACCCUCACGGCGAACUUAAAAAUAAGAAUGUGUUAAUUGUUCGAAAGAGUGUUGAAGAAACGGCCAAGCAUUUUGAACUUGAUGAAAGUACUGUACGAAAUAGUUUAUGUAGAGCGCGGGAAAUUCUAUUUGAAGAAAGACUUAAAAGGCCAAAGCCUCAUUUGGAUAGUAAAAUGGUCACUUCCUGGAAUGGUCUUAUGAUUGCUGCUUUUGCAAAAGCAUCGUGUGUGUUGAAAAACGACAUUUAUUUAAAAAGAGCCUUGAAAGCUGCCGAGUUUGUUCAGAAAUAUUUGUGGCUCGAGGAAAGUAAAAAAUUGAUUAGAAGUUGUUAUAAAGGAGAAAACAACGAUAUAGUUCAACUCGAGAACCCUGUUGAAGCGUUCUCGGACGAUUAUUCAUUUCUUAUAUAUGGUUUACUGGAACUUUAUCACGCUUGUUUUGAUGAAAAGUGGUUGAAAUGGGCUGAAGUCUUGCAAGAAAGACAAAAUGAACUUUUGUGGGAUGACGAAGCCGGAGGAUAUUUUGAAGCGGGAAAAAACUCGAAUUUGUUGAUAAGAUUGAAACAAGAUCAAGAUGGUGCAGAACCAAGUGGUAGUUCCAUUGCCGCCUUAAAUCUUAUGCGAUUGGCUUCGUUUCUUGAAAAACACGAGUAUCGAGACAGGGCUGGAAAGAUUUUUGCUGUUUUUGAACAAAGAUUAAGUAAAUUACCAAACGCUCUUCCUAAACUAAUGGCUGCCUUCAUCACAUAUACUACUAACCAGAAACAGAUCAUCAUCGUUGGUGAGAGAGAUUCAAACGACACAAAGUCUUUAUUGCAUGUAGUUCACUCGCAUUUUAUGCCAAACAUGAUCCUUAUUUUGCAUGAUGAAAAAGAACAAGGUUUCCUUGAUUCGAAACUUGAGGUUUUAAAGACAUUACACAAAGUUAAUGAAAAAAGUACUGUAUAUGUGUGUGAGAAUUUCACCUGUAACUUACCUGUUACAUCGUGCGAAAAACUCGAAGAAUUAUUGAAAGAAAAACUUUGAAUGAAAAUAGUAAAUUAGUUUAUUUACAAUUAUAAACCUUAUUUUAUCGUUCUGUA